AACGUCGAGACCCAAGAAAACCCCACGGCGGCCGCCCAGCUCUCCGGGAGUUCAGGUAUGGCGGCUGCGGCUGCGCGGCUGCUGCUCCCCAGGGCGACCAGAGCCGCGGCCUCCUCCUCCGCUCUUCCCCACCGCCCUCUCGAUUCCUUCUCCAGAUGCUUCCGAAGCCUCGGGCCGCCCCUCCGGCGGCCGCCGGCCGCCGUCUUCCCGCGGCACCUCUCCGACGCUGCCUUCGACGCGCAGGGGCUGGACAACCGCGUCCCCGCUACCGUCAUCACUGGCUUCCUCGGCUCCGGCAAGACAACCCUUCUGAACCACAUUCUAACAUCACAGCAUGGGAAGAGGAUUGCUGUCAUUGAGAAUGAGUUUGGUGAGGUGGACAUCGAUAGCUCACUUGUGGCUAACCAUUCAUCGGUAGCUGAAGACAUUGUGAUGGUGAAUAAUGGCUGCUUGUGCUGCACUGUCAGAGGGGAUCUUGUAAAGAUGCUUCUGAAGCUGGUGAAGCAAAAGGGCGACAAAUUUGAUCAUAUCGUGAUUGAGACAACAGGUCUUGCAAAGCCUGGUCCUGUUAUUGAGACAUUUUGUUCUGAUGAAUUAGUCUCGAAAUAUGUGAAACUUGAUGGUGUGGUUACUUUGGUUGAUUGUAAGCAUGCCAUGCAACAUUUGAAUGAAGUGAAAGCAAGGUGGGUUGUCAACGAGGCAGUAGAACAAGUUGCUUAUGCAGACCGGAUUAUAUUGAACAAGACUGAUUUGGUUGAUGAGGCAGAACUGGAGGUUUUAACCAACAAGAUCAAGCUCAUAAAUGGGAUGGCAGAAAUGAAAAAAGCAAAGUUUGGUGAUGUCGACAUGGAUUUUGUGCUAGGAAUUGGCGGUUAUGACCUUGAUAGGGUUGAGGCUGCAGUUCAAUUGAAUGAAAACAAAGAGACAGGUCAUUGCCACUCGGGACACGAUCAUGGACACCAUCAUGACCAUGUCCAUGAUUCAGCUGUUACUAGUGUAAGUAUUGUUUCUGAAGGAGUACUUGAUCUUGAUGAGGUUAAUGAUUGGCUGGAGAGACUGGUUGAUGAGAAAGGCGAAGAUCUGUACAGGCUAAAGGGUGUGAUAUCCGUCAACGAGUCAACUGGACGCUUCGUGUUUCAGGGCGUGCACUCCAUGUUGGAAGGUUGCCCAGCAAAGCCGUGGGAGGAUGAUGAGAAGAGGAUCAGCAAGCUCGUGUUUAUCGGCAGGAAUCUGGACGAAGCCGCGCUAAGGAAGGCCUUCAAAGGUUGCCUGCUAUGAUGAACCCUCUGAUCAUGCGUUUAUCAUUGGGAUCGUGGUCGAGUCUGAGAAUGACUAUAGGCAAGUAAACAGGCGAAACGGACAAGCGCAAGGCCCUAUGUUUUCGUUUGGUGUUGAUGUUUGCCCUAGAGUUCUCUGAGAAACCGAGUACUGUAUCUUGUAGGCUAGGCUAGAAGUAGAAAAUCGAAUUGUGUGGUACCCUUGUCUUGAUGAGAACCAUACAUGUAUGCCGUUGUACUUUUCUUGCGAUUUAGGUUGAAAUGGAAACCAUGAAGAGUUUCUUUUUUUUUUGCGGGAAACCAUGAAGAGUUUCUGGUGAUGAAACUAGAGAGAGAAUUCAUGUGUCAGCUCAGCCGUGUGGAACUCUGAAUACGUACAUGCCUUUGCCAUGUCUUGGAUGUCAUUCUAUUGGAA